AUGGCCGCCUACCUCACGCAGCGCAUCUCGCACCCUCACCACGGGAUCCCCGUCUCGCGCGCCGAGACGCCCGCGCUCGAAAAGUCGGCCAAGUGCGCGGCGCCCAUCCCCAACGUCGCCGCCAAGGGCGUCCCCUUCUUCACGCCCGAGCAGGAUCCCGUCGCCGGCACCGCCCUCGUGCCCCAGCCCUCGGGCAAGACCGUGCCCAAGCUCUUCACGCCCCUCAAGAUCCGCGGCGUCACGCUGCCGAACCGCAUCUGGGUCAGCCCCAUGUGCCAGUACAGCGCCCACGAGGGCUUCCACACGCCCUGGCACAUUACCCACUACGGCGGCAUGGUGCAGCGCGGUCCCGGCCUCAUGAUGCUCGAAGCCACCGCCGUGCAGCCCAACGGCCGCAUCACGCCCGAGGACUCGGGCAUCUGGCUCGACGCGCACGUCGACACGCUCAAGAAGCACGUCGACUUUGCGCACAGCCAAAACGCCCUCAUCGCGAUCCAGCUCGCGCACGCCGGGCGCAAGGCCUCGACCGUCGCCCCCUGGCUCAGCUCCGGCGCGACGGCCACGGCCGAGGUCGGCGGCUGGCCCGACGACGUCAUGGGCCCGAGCGACGAGGCCUUUGACGCGCACUACCCGACGCCGCGGGCCAUGAGCCUCGCCGAGAUCGCGCAGCUCAAGCGCGACUUCGUGGCGGGCGUGCGCCGCGCCGUGCGCGCCGGCUUCGACGUCGUGGAGCUGCACUUUGCGCACGGUUACCUCGUGUCGAGCUUCCUCUCGCCCGCCGUCAACAAGCGCACCGACCAGUACGGCGGCAGCUUCGAGAACCGCGCCCGCCUGGCCCUCGAGCUGGUCGACGAGGUGCGCGCCGUCAUCCCCAAGGACAUGCCCUUGUUUGUGCGCAUCAGCGCCACCGACUGGCUCGACACGAACCCGGCCUGGCGCGGCGAGAGCUGGACCGUCGACGAGAGCGUGCGGCUCGCCAAGUUGUUCGCGGAGCGCGGCGUCGACGUCCUCGACGUGUCGACGGGCGGCAACCACGCCCAGCAAAAGGUCCAGGGCGGGCCGGGCUACCAGGCGCCCUUCGCCAAGAAGAUCAAGGCCGCCGUCGGCGACUCGAUGCUCGUCAGCUCCGUGGGCAGCAUCAAGACGGGUGACGUGGCGCAGAGCAUCAUCGAGGGCGGCCAAGGCCCGGACGACACGCCCCUGGACCUCAUCGGCGCGGGACGCAUGUUCCAGAAGAACCCAGGUCUGGUGUGGGCAUGGGCCGACGACCUGGGCGUGGCGAUCCACGUUGCCCACCAGAUCGGAUGGGGGUUCGGCGGCAGGGCGGCGGCCAAGAAGAUCCAAAACUCGCUUCCGUAA